CGACUAUCGGACGAGUCUGCUAUCGAUACCAUUUUCCCCAUUAUCUUUCUCUUCACAAUUCGGUGUGUGGUGUGUUUGGCGCAGAGAAAAUUCAAUCAAAGAAAAAUCCACGAAAAGGCCUGAUUAGUCGAUUCUCUUAGUCCAAGCUCACAAGUCCGCAGUUUGCAUAUUCUGAUCGGUAUUGCAACUCGGAUUUGAACUUGUCAUAAUUCCAGCCAGCAAGCAGCGCGUACGCCAGCCAGAGAUUCAACUUCCUACGACUCCUAUUGUGCAAUCGAAAGACAAACGUAAGCCAUGGGAAACGUAUUCGCGAACCUCUUCAAAGGCCUCUUCGGCAAAAAGGAAAUGAGGAUACUGAUGGUCGGUUUGGAUGCCGCUGGUAAAACCACAAUUCUGUACAAACUCAAAUUAGGCGAAAUUGUUACAACGAUACCUACUAUUGGUUUCAAUGUGGAGACUGUAGAAUACAAGAAUAUUAGCUUUACAGUGUGGGAUGUGGGCGGCCAAGACAAAAUUCGUCCCCUGUGGAGGCACUACUUCCAGAAUACACAAGGUCUUAUCUUCGUUGUGGACAGCAAUGACCGAGAGCGUAUCGGGGAGGCGAGAGAGGAGUUGAUGCGCAUGCUGGCGGAGGACGAGCUGAGGGAUGCAGUCUUACUUAUCUUCGCAAACAAACAGGAUCUGCCAAAUGCUAUGAACGCGGCCGAAAUUACCGACAAACUCGGCUUGCACUCACUCAGAAACCGCAACUGGUACAUCCAGGCGACGUGUGCAACCAGCGGCGAUGGGCUCUACGAGGGUCUCGACUGGCUGUCCAACCAAUUGAAGAACGCUAAUCGCUAAUUAAACACACUACAACUAAAGCAACAAUAUGAAUACAACUAACUCUGAUUUCAAGCAAGCCGGAGCAGCACCCAAAAUCACAGGAAGAUCGGCUGGAGAACAUCAAACAGACGGUAAACGCUGGAAGUCGACAUCAGAAGGAAUUAUCACAAAACAGCAGCGGCAACAAAACCAACAACAAGAGCAGCAGAUCUUCGCAUAACUUAAUGGGCUCCUUCUGUCCGUAUUUCCAAACAAGAAACUGAAAUUGUUUAUUGAAUUGCAAAACAUAACCUUUCAAGCAGCAUAUAAAAAACGCUAUAAUUUAAUUUAAA